AUGAUCGCGGUCGUCGGGCUCGUCGCUGUGUUUGCCCGCAUUUGUCGGUUCCUCGUUCUUCGACCCAGGUUGAGGGAGUGGCAGAAGGCGGUGCACUCGUGGCAGUCGAGGCAGAACCAGCACAAGCUGGACACGGCGCAAAAGGAGUCGAACAGACAAGCUAAGGAGCUCAGCCGGGAGGCCGACAAGAUGCUGCGCGAGCUGGCGGGUCAGCGCGCCCCGAACGAGGACGCCGCUGAAGGCACCCAGAGAGACAAAAGCGAGCCAGGUGGCGAAGGCGAAGGCGCGGGCGCCAAAUCAGGCGAGCCCCAGGACGAGGACGCCCUUGACUUCGACCCUCUUGACGUCUUCGGUGUGGAGGACGUGAUGGACGUCGGAGGUGGAAGGCCUCUGUUCUCCAACUUUGCCUUCGAGGACUGGGUCAUGCUGAGCUUGCGCUUCGAGCUGCACCUCAUGGCCCACUCAUUUGCCCGAGAUACUGACGACUCGGACCGUCCUGGGAUGCACAUCGACCAUCUGGCGUUCUAUUACAGCAGGUAUUUUCAGAAAGUGCUCAGCCUCGGCUACUACGGCGCAAGCACGGUUGCGCAACUGCUGGAGAUGUGUAGGGAUACGAUUGAGGUGAGGAAGAACAAGGUGGUGGCAUCGCUUGUCCCCGACGACCUCGAUUCUUUGGGAGUCUUCGUGAUGCUGACCGAAGAGAGCCGCAGAGACCGCGUCCUCCGCAUAGACUGCGGGGACGAGUCUGCAAGGCUGAAGUUCGCUGCGCCGGUGCCCAGCGCCCCGCCGCUGCCCGGCGCCUUCGCCGUAGUGCGCCCGAGCCUCCCUGCGGGCGCGGGCUCCGUGCAGAUGGGCCAGCUGCAGAUGCGGCCGCCCCCCCUGCCCGGCGGGCCUGGGCGCCCAGCCACCGGGUGGCCAGGUGCUUUCCAGCCGCCCGAUCCUUCGAUGCCGCCUCGCCCGCCGCCGCCGGCCUUCCAGCAGCCGCCGAUGGCGGGCAACUUCCAGCCGCCGCCCGGCGCGAAGCUGGGCGCGCCGCCGCCGCCGAGGCCCAGGCCUGUCUGGCGCUCGCUGCGGCCAGCCCGCGGGCCUUGA